UUAACCGCCAGUCGUGUUCGAGCUGCUCUGCCAGAACCUCGAUCUUACACUCAGUGAUACUUUCGCAACUUGUGAAUUUUUGAAUUGCAGAUUUGUGGAUUUUUGAGAAUUGCUAACUGACCGGCCAAGUCUAUAUUUCUCAGAUUUAAUUUUAUUGAGAUAACCUAAAAACCUAUUGUCAAGAUGCUCGCUAGUCCAGCCAUGGAAAUGCAAGUUGAGGAGACCCCUUUGGCCCUGCAACGGCUCUGGAACUUGACCAGGGCUCGUUUGGCCGGGACCUCUACUGCCCUGGAUGAGGAGCCAGCACUUGUGGAGACUUUGCCUUCUGCCCAGGAAUCUGAAACUACUUCCAAGAGUAAACUCCCAAUCGCGAGUGAUUAUGAAAGCGAUGGAGAGGAGGCGUUCCCCGAAUUGGAAAUACCCGAGCAGCCUGAGUGCUUUCAAAAGGGUUGGACGGAUAGUUACGCCAAUGAGGUGUUGCUGGAUGCUAGCACCCUCGGGGAUGUGCCGGCCGUGUACCGCGUGCCGCCGCCGGCGCCGCACCAGCUGCCCGUCAUUGGGGUCUACAUCGACCCUCGCGUCAGAACCGGCUUCCGAUACAAAGUUAGACCCAUGCAGGCUCUAGAUGCGGCCCCAUUGUCGGUGAAGCCCAAGUAUUUGUUCGGAGGCAAGGCCCUGACGCUGCAGUCGAUCGGGCGCGGGUUCGCGCGCCGCAUCACAUUUGAGCCCCAUGACUCCUCGCUCAAUGACAAUAACAAUUAUUUCUGGACCGACUCUAGACCGGAAGGAUUCUUGUUCGAGCUUGAGGCCGUGUCGAUUGGGCAUAAAUUCACGGUCUAUGAUGCGAACCAUGAACCUCAGGGCAUCCUUGAAGUUGUCCAACAACAGAAAAAUCAAAUUGAAAUGGAUCAGCAAAUCUUCGAAGACGGAUCAAUCGUGAAGAAAGUAAAGAUCAGUACGCUUUGUAAAGUAGAGUGGUAUGAAAAUGAUGGAGCUACUAAAUUGGUGCCGGUUUCCGGACUAGCCAUCUUGAAGAAAGGUCGGGGAAACGCGGCAGUCUCCAGAGUAGUCAACGUUGCGAUUGGCAUCAAGCAGCUCCGAAAGGGCUACGAACUCAAGCCUGGUAUCGAAUCAUCGUCCAGGAGGGUUACCGUCAACGGUGGCGACAUUAAUGACAUCCCUUGCCAGUAUUGUGUAGUUGGACUCGAGAAGUAUGAGUUGCCUGUCAUUGGAACAUACGUAGAUCCCCGAAUCGUGCCUGGAUUCCACUACCGAGUCCGCCCCGCCGGCUGCCGGCGCCACCUCUUCGAGGGCCGGAGCCUCCUCCUGCAGUCCGUCGGCAUGGGUUACGGAAAGCGCAUAACAUUCAAGCCGGACACGCUUAAUGCCCCAGAAAACUACUUCUGGUCCGACUCGCACCCCGAGGGCAUUGGCAUGGAACCACGCGCUAUCCAGCCUGGCAUGAAAUUCACUAUUACAGGAAACGGGGGUCUUCUGGGAGAGGCGAGCGUGUUUCGCGCCGACUUGCCUCAGGUCGAGGAGAAGACUGAAUACGUGGACGUCCCGGGAAAGCGAGGAAAAGCCGUGGAGAAGUACAUCCACGUGGACGUCACCUGUCACGUAAAGCUGGCCACGACUGGCGGUGGCUCCGUCGACUCGGAAGUUCACCUGAUGAAGGUGUCGGGAGUCGCUCUGGUCCGUAAGGAGCCGGGUCAGGCCAUCGCCAACUUGGUCAAGGUAUACAACGUCGGUCUCGACUCGCAGCUGAAUCUCCUGUUCGCGCACUCCCAGACCGAGCUCACCUUCCACCCCAUGCCUUAAAUCACUCACGGGGAAUGAAUGGUAUUACAAUGCUUGUGACGGAUGUGUCCCAACAUUGUGAUACUAUAAAACUUACUAGGCGCGACUGAGGCUCCGUCUAACGUCAACCGAUUGGUCACGAUUUGCAACCGAGAGCGUGAAAAGCUCGCUAUAUCUUAACAGAUUGUAUCUCGGUUGUAAUCAGUACGGUGAGGAUUGUGUGCAUCGGAAUAAACAACAUUAAUGCACCACAAACAGAACGCCGUAACGCAGCAAGUUUUGUGGUGCUAGUAUCACCAUGAGUAAAAAUGUAGCGCUGCGGCAAUCCCGCAGAUCAGUAAAAUGUCUUGAAAUUCACGCAGUUUGAAAAUGGUUAAAUUCCCUUGUUAGAUUAUCAAAUACAAUUGUCGUUUCUUUUAUAUAAAAGUAUGUACCACAUUUUUGAUAAGGUUCCGUACUAACAGAUUGAGUAGUUCUAUAUUCAUAUUAUGCAACCCUCGAAUAACGUAAUCUUUUUAUUUAUUUUAAUGUUAAUUACUAGAUGACCAGUAUGCUUUGUUUUCAAGUGGUACUUUCUUGCACCAAAUAAUACCUACCCUAUAUUGGAGAGAGUAGAUAAAAAGACUAGUAAUGGCAAUAAAUCAUCUUUAUUGCAAAACUAUGAAUGAUAAACGUAAAAUCAUGUAGCAAAAAUAUUUAGGUUUUCAUGAGACCUGUAUUUUGAAAUAUGUAUGUAUAACUAUUUUUAUUUUAAUGAGUUUAAUUCAAUUUGGUUUCUCAAUGUAAUAAAAUGCUUCUACCUGAAUUAUGUAUUAUUUCUUUAUUUUUCGAUUAAUAAAAGUUUUUUUGUA